CCCAAGUGGUAUGGACGCACUGCAGCAUCGCCUUCAAUGAAGGCUACCGGCCAAUGCCAGCACCCGGCUCGACAGCCACCACAUCGAUCUAGGUACGCCGAUUUGAAAUAAAUAUUAAAAUAAAUACGGCGACUGGUUCGCCUGUCCAACCAAUGGAACAAUGGCAGUGAUCCAGGAAGAUCACAAGGAUAUUCACCGCGCCUCCACCGCCGACGAGCUGCGUGCGGCUUUGAAGCAGCUGUCAGUCCGGGAAGCCGCCAUCGGGUCCCAACUCGACUCCCUCCUGGCCUCGCAGAAGGACCUCAACCGCAACAUCUCCCGGCUGGACUUGGCGCGCGCCCAACUCGGCUCCCAGGUCGUCUCCACCCGUGCGAUCAGCAAUGGCAUGCUCUCGGCCGCGGCCACGACCGCCCGCAGCAUCUCCGGUGCCGUGCAGAGGCUCGACCGCGAACAGGCGGCCGUGAAGGCGACCCUGGAUGUCGUCGAGCAGGUCGCGGAGCUCAAGGCGUGCGUGCUGGGCGUCCACGGGUCCAUGGGCGCGCCCCAGGAUUGGGAGACGGCCGCGAAUUAUCUCCGCCGGGCUUCGUUGAUCCCGGAUGCGGUGAUCGACGGUGCUUUCGCCGGCGAGAUCGUGCCGACGGCGGAGGUCCCCGACUUGCCGCGCUACACGCUGGACUCGGCCGCGGAGGGCCUAUGUACGCUGUUCCUGAGGGAUUUCCAGAAGGCGGCGAACGAGGGCGAUGGUGCGCGGGUCACGCGGUUUUUCAAAUUGUUCCCGCUCAUCGGUCGGAGUGAAGUCGGUCUGGAUGCGUACGGUCGCUAUGUCUGUGGCGGGAUCGCAGCGCGGGCGAGGAGUAACAUGAGCUCUUCCUCACGGCGCGACGGGAUGUUCUACGCCAACGCCAUCACCAAACUCUUUGAACACAUCGCGCAGAUCGUAGACGGCCACGAAUCUCUCGUCGAGCGCCAUUACGGUCCGGGGAGCAUGACCAAAGUCAUCGAGCGCAUCCAAGUCGAGGCGGAUUCCCAGGGGAGCCUGAUCCUCGAGACAUGGGCAGAGGAACGCAGUGUCGCCCGGAAGCUGACGGACAUCAAGAGCUAUCCUUUCAAUUUCCUCGCGCAGAGCUUCCUCCCAGCUCCCAAACCAGGAUUCUCCCGCAGCGAUUCUCCCACACCCGCGCAUGGUCGCCCUAGCGAGGACGAAUCGGUCGACAUGAAGGAAGUCGACGCGAUGUUGACGGAGAUCACGACGAUGCUGGGACGGUGGUCGCUCUAUGUACGCUUCAUCGCGAGCAAAACCCAGCCGGCUGACGAGGACGAUACGAAGCUGUCCAUACCGGCCUUCGUCGUCCACAGCACAUUACAGAAAAAAGUCAACGACCUCCUCAUCGACCCCUUCACCCUCAUGUCGACCUUUUUCUUCCGCCGCUCCGUUGAAAAGGCCUUCCAACUGGACGAAUCGCCUACGGACCUGACUCUCAACCCGAACAAGCCACUAGGCUCCAAUCCGCCCUUCAUCACCUCCGCGGUCGACGAUGUCAUGUACAUCGUCAACCAAGUCCUGCAGCGGACGAUCGCGACAUUACAGAAGACCGUCGUUGCCAGCGUGGUCCCUUCGAUCGGCAGGGUCCUCGGCGGCGACUUCUUCGGCAUGAUCCAGCGAAAGAUGCGCGAUGAAAGCUACCCCAAGGCCGCGAUCCAAGGCGCCCUCCCGCCCGAAGGCCUGAUCAUUGCGUUCCUGGUCCUGAUCAACAACCUCGACGUCUCCACCGACUACCUCCACCGGAUCAUCGGCACCUCCCUCGGCGAGAGCCCCUCCUCCACCGCCAACGGACCGACCACAGCAACGCCCUCCCCCCACCUAGCCGACUCCUUCCCCUUCGGGAACGAGUCCCUCUUCGUCGAGAAAGCCCUGCGGAACAUGCACGCCGGCUUCGAAGCCAAGACCAGCGAGCUCGUCACCGAAGCCAUCGAGGUCAUCCGCAAACAAGUCAUGACGCCGCGCCUCCGGCCCGUCAUGAUCGAGACCUUCCGCGACGUCGACUACUCCAUCCCCGACGAGGAAUCUGCAACCCAAACCACCACUACCGCGGACGAUAACAACAACAUCGAAGAAGACCUCGUCACCCACCGCUUCGAGCGCGGCUGGCAGGCCUUCACGCUCCCGGUCAAACGCCUGCUCACGGCCAAGACCUACGGCCGACUCCUCGCCGGCACGCUCGCGCACCUGGCCCGCACGCUGGAGAAGCGCAUCUGGUCCUACCACGGGCGGGUGAACGCCCUCGGCGCGGUCCGGCUCGAGCGCGACGUCGCGGGCAUCGUGAACGCGACGGUCCGCGGCGGCCAUUACGAGCUCCGCGCGCUGUUCGCGCGCUGCGUGCAGAUGACCCUCGUCCUGAACAUGGAGGAGGACGAGUGGGAGGCGGUCUCGGCGCUCGACGGGGAAGCCCUCGAACGCGAGACCGGCGUGGUCUGGCGACUCGAUGGCGAGGAGAGGGCGAGGGUGAGGGAUCUCCUGGAGGGGAGGGCGUAAGAUGGGAGAUGAUGGCGGUCUGUCAUGCCUUUUCUUUCUCUUUUCCUACUCUCCAUUUCUCCAACUCUAUUCCUAUCGAGCCUAUCUCGCGGGCACGCGAUCGUGUGGGUACAUGUGUGUUCUGUGUAUAGAGAGAGCGAGGGACAACCGUCGGGAAUUCACGUGGAAUUGUUUCUCGCAGGAACGGUCGUGUCGUUUGCGUAUGUGUGUGCAGAACCGAUUUCGAACAUACCUAGGUACCUAUGGAGCGGCAUGAAACGUGGUUCAUCAACGCCGAUCCCUCGCAUUGAUGAAUACCUAGGUAGGUAGACGCGGAAACUCUUCGACGCUCAGCAGCAGCAGCAGCAGUCCAUCGCGCAUAGCAGUGAGGAUGUGAUGAGGCUUUCUCACCCUUUGCUCCGAUCGUCGUGCCUCAUUGGA